CUGGGCUAUUUUAUUCUGAUUCUUUGUGUACGCAUUCAACAAUGUCAAAUUCCAACUGUGAUUAAAGAAAGAUACUUUGAUGAUGAAUAAACCGGCCGGCCCUCAACUUUUAACAAACUUAAACUGAACUUAUGCUUUCACAUUCAAUCUUUCGGAUCUUACCGCUUACAAUUAAAGGCUGCUUGUUUGAGCUUGCCUGAAAUAAGUCCAAUCGUUUCCCAGUUCAAUAUUUGAAUAGUUGUGUGUGAAAAUAAUCGGUCGGUCAUUAUUUUAUACAAAUUAACGUUUCCUCUGUCGCAGGCAAUCAUUCUUAAGCUAAAUAAACCGAGGAUAUUAUUUAUCCUUGGUACAUAUGAGACGUCUUCAUCUCGUUUUGUUCAAUAAGUUUUUCGAUUUCAAGAUGUUUGUUCAAAAUUUGCAUCAAGUCCAAGGUGUUUUAGCCAACAGAGGAAAGAUUGCUUGAUCAUUUGAAGCGACCUUCAAACGUUGAAGCAUCGGGAAAGCUCCAGAGGCGAAACUAUGUUCAAGAUAAUUGCUUUUGUCGGAAUUCUCUUCGUUCCACAAAUCAGUAUCACAAGAGCACAAUCUUGCGAUAAAGUUAAACAAGACCUUGCAUCCUGCUGUAAUGUCCUAAAGCAAAAUCGUGCUUUGCACGGACGUGCCUACGACAAAGUUUGUCGCAACGAGGUGAAAAGCUGUUAUGAUCUCUAUCUGUCUGGAGUCAAAAACGAUGGUGUUUAUACCAUCGAUCCUGAUGGCCUGGGUUCGUUCAAAGUGAGUUGUGAUAUGAGCAAAGACGGGGGUGGCUGGACCGUGUUCCAAAGAAGACAAGAUGGAAGUCAAGAUUUCUACCUUGGAUGGUCAGACUAUAAAGCUGGCUUUGGUGAUCUUAACGGCGAGUUCUGGUUGGGCCUUGAUAAAAUACACCGUUUAACCAAAUCUGGCCAAAAUGUUCUAAGAGUUGAUUUAAUGGAUUUCAAUGGCGAUAAACGAUACGCUAAAUAUGGAAAGUUUAGUGUGGCUGAUGAAUCAAACAAAUACAGAUUGAACAUUGGAAGUUAUUCAGGCAACGCGGAUGACUCUCUUAAAUAUCAAAACGGAACGCAAUUUACUACCAGGGACAAAGACAACGACGGCGGCACCGCCAACUGCGCAAAACGAUGGACUGGUGGUUGGUGGUACGCUAACUGUGCACAUAGUAACCUAAACGGCCUUUAUCUGGGAAAGGGGAAAAACCAUUACAGCGGAGUUCACUGGCGCGGAUGGAAAAUGGAUUCCCUCAAGAACGUCGAUAUGAAAAUGCGACCCAGCCUGUUGUGAAGGAAUCGUGUAUGAUUGACAUAUAAACAUUGUUAGCUACAUUCGUUCAACAUAUUAAUUGAUCUUUCAUAUAGGUUACAUAAUAUGUAGAUUAUAAAUGUCUCAUCCAGUUUUACCGUUCAUUUAGUUAUCUCUAAAUAAAGGAAAUCUCAAAGAAAAUCUGGUAAAUAGUGUUG